GGCUGGAGCUGCGCCCGCUCCCCGGCCGCGCCUCCGUCGCCCGCUCACCGCAGCCCCGCUCUCCGCUUCCCUCCCCGCCGCCUCCGCCGCGAAGAUGGCAACCGACGGGCUGCACGAGAACGAGACGCUGGCGUCGCUGAAGAGCGAGGCCGAGAGCCUCAAGGGCAAACUGGAGGAGGAGCGGGCCAAGCUGCACGACGUGGAGCUGCACCAGGUGGCCGAGCGGGUGGAGGCCCUCGGACAGUUUGUCAUGAAGACCAGAAGGACCCUCAAAGGCCACGGGAACAAAGUUCUCUGCAUGGACUGGUGCAAGGAUAAGAGGAGGAUCGUGAGCUCAUCGCAGGACGGGAAGGUGAUCGUGUGGGAUUCCUUCACGACUAACAAGGAGCACGCGGUCACCAUGCCCUGCACGUGGGUGAUGGCGUGUGCGUAUGCCCCAUCGGGAUGUGCCAUUGCGUGUGGUGGUUUGGACAAUAAGUGUUCUGUGUAUCCGCUGACGUUUGACAAAAAUGAAAACAUGGCCGCCAAAAAGAAGUCUGUUGCUAUGCAUACCAACUACCUGUCGGCUUGCAGCUUCACCAACUCUGACAUGCAGAUCCUGACGGCCAGCGGCGAUGGGACGUGUGCGCUGUGGGACGUGGAGAGCGGGCAGCUGCUGCAGAGCUUCCACGGGCACGGGGCCGACGUGCUCUGCUUGGACCUGGCCCCCUCGGAAACGGGAAACACCUUCGUGUCUGGGGGAUGUGACAAGAAAGCCAUUGUGUGGGACAUGCGCUCUGGCCAAUGUGUGCAGGCCUUUGAAACACACGAAUCUGACAUCAACAGUGUCCGAUAUUACCCGAGUGGAGAUGCCUUUGCUUCAGGAUCAGAUGAUGCUACGUGUCGCCUCUACGACCUCCGGGCAGACAGGGAGGUUGCCAUCUAUUCCAAAGAAAGUAUCAUAUUUGGAGCAUCCAGCGUGGACUUCUCCCUCAGUGGUCGCCUGCUGUUUGCUGGAUACAACGAUUAUACCAUCAACGUCUGGGAUGUUCUCAAGGGAUCCCGAGUCUCCAUCCUGUUUGGUCACGAAAACCGCGUUAGUACUCUACGAGUUUCCCCUGACGGGACUGCUUUUUGCUCAGGAUCAUGGGAUCAUACCCUGAGAGUCUGGGCUUAAUCAUCUUCUCACAAAGCACACAUAGGUACCUGAGGAUAGAAUCUGAAAUCAUCACAUGUAACUAGAACUUACUUUUAGAGGAUCUGAGUGUUUAUUGCACCUUAGCUUACGGGAGCAACUCCAUGGCUGCAAGUUCACUAGGCGUCUCUACUAUUACUGUGAAAACUACCACCCUGGAAAGAAUCCAGUGUUAGCCUUCAGCACCAGGAGAGCACCUUCAAGUACAGUGUUUUUCAUUUUCAACGCUUUUUAAAAUUUAUCCAUUUUUAAGGUUAUUCUAAAUUAUACUGGUCUCAGCUCAUUCUAUUACCAAUAGAAUUCAGCAUUUACUAUAUCCCAUAUUAUUUCCUUGAAUCAGAUUUAUUUUCAGAGCACUUUAAAAUCUGAUUUUUCUCAGUGCAUACUGUGACUUCUGGAACCUUCCUCUAGAAUUGGUGAUCUUAAUGGACUGUAUGAGAAGGACUGUGUUCAUUGGGCGGUCAUAGAAGAAAAUUCCAAUUCCAAAUGUAAUUGGACAAAAUCACUUUUUUUUAAAUGUGUUUUUAUUUUAAAAGUAUCUUUUUCAG